CUGCUCUCCCCUGCUUUUUCUCUUUUUGCCCUUUUCUUUGGUCAAUUCUAGUGAGAGAGAGAGAGAGAGCUAAAUUGUAUAGCGAGAGAAAGCGAAGAAGAGCUUUCGAGAGUUGGAGAGAGAAGGGUUUGGAGGUAGGAAGCAAACUAUGGCUUCUUCUCCUUCUGCGAAGAAAUGGGUGGUUUCUGUUUGCUCCAUAAUGCUGCUUGCGGUUGUUAUCGUCGUCGGAGUUGUAGCUUCUGUUCGGAAAUUUGAAGCUUCAAACCUGAGCAGCGAUGCUGAACUGGAGAAGCUGCAGAGCUUACACAACUCGACAAUGGCGGCAAGGUUGGAAGAGGUCGAGGCUGCUUUGGCUGAGCACGCAGUUGAUGACCCUGAAGAGAUUGCUUCAAUGGUGGCAAUGAGCAUCAAGAACAGCACUGAGAGGAGAAAACUUGGAUUUUUCUCAUGUGGAACUGGUAAUCCUAUUGAUGACUGCUGGCGCUGUGAUCCGAAUUGGCAAAAGAACCGCAAGCGCCUUGCUGAUUGCGGAAUUGGUUUUGGACGCAAUGCCAUUGGCGGCCGUGACGGCCGGUAUUAUGUUGUGACUGACUCUAGUGAUGAUGACCCUGUUAACCCCCGGCCUGGUACCCUGCGCCAUGCUGUUAUCCAGGAUCAGCCCCUUUGGAUUGUGUUUAAGCGUGAUAUGGUCAUCACACUGAAGCAGGAAUUAAUCAUGAACAGUUUUAAAACAAUUGAUGCCCGUGGAGUGAAUGUCCACAUUGCUAAUCGUGCGUGCAUCACAAUCCAAUUUGUUACCAAUAUCAUAAUUCAUGGACUGCACAUCCAUGAUUGUAAACCCACUGGGAAUGCCAUGGUUAGAAGCUCUCCAUCACAUUAUGGCUGGAGGACAAUGGCUGAUGGUGAUGCCAUCUCCAUCUUCGGUUCGAGCCAUAUCUGGGUAGAUCACAAUUCCCUCUCUAACUGUGCUGAUGGCCUUGUUGAUGCUGUCAUGGGCUCGACUGCUAUUACCAUUUCCAACAACUAUUUUACCCACCACAAUGAGGUAAUGCUCUUGGGUCACAGCGAUUCCUACGUGAGAGACAAGCAAAUGCAAGUGACAAUUGCCUACAACCACUUUGGAGAGGGUCUUAUUCAGAGAAUGCCAAGGUGCAGACACGGGUACUUCCAUGUGGUUAACAAUGACUACACUCAUUGGGAGAUGUAUGCCAUAGGUGGAAGUGCUAGUCCCACAAUUAAUAGCCAGGGAAAUCGUUACCUCGCCCCGCUCAAUCCUUUUGCAAAGGAGGUAACAAAGAGGGUCGAAACUGCUGAAUACCAGUGGAAGGGUUGGAACUGGAGAUCAGAGGGCGACCUGAUGCUUAAUGGUGCCUAUUUCACUCCAUCUGGAGCAGGGGCCUCGGCCAGCUAUGCCAGAGCUUCAAGUUUAGGUGCCAAGUCGUCUUCCAUGGUCGCAACAAUGACUUCUGGUGCUGGUGUCCUUGAUUGCCGCAGGGGCCGCACUUGUUAGCAGCUGGUGCCAAUUGCACAAAUAUGAAAGAGAGUCUUUUUCUGUUUUUUUUUCUUUUUUUUUGUUUACUUUUUUCCCCCUCUAUACUAGUAGUAUCCCCAUCUCCAUGAUAUUACUGCCAUUGUUUGUGAGUCAUCCAUCCAUCCAUUUACUUCAAUUGGCAAGUGUACAUUUUUUGCACAUGUCAAUCAUUCAUCCUCAUCCAUAUUCUCGUAUGCCUUUGUCUCCCAUUGUUAUUGGCAACCUCGGCCUGCUUCAAUUGAAAGAAACCACCGCCCAUUCCAGAAGCAGGCGCAGAAGCGUUGUUCAUAUUCUUAAAUCUUCUUUUUCCUCCUCAGUCUUCUGUCCAUUGUUCUAACCAUCAUUUUAUCCAUCUGCUAAGUGUCCGGUUUAUAGGAACUAAAUGAUUUUGUAAUUUCUUUUUUCUUGCCUUUUCUUUUUAGCCUUUUGGAGUCGUAUACCACAGUGUGAAUGUCAAUCCCCUGAGUGAUGGAAAAGGGAAAGAAAAAAAAAAAAACAAAAAAGCGAAGCUUUUGUAAUGGACGAUUGCAUAGCAACAAGGUUCUUUACCUUUAUUCCUUUUUUUUUCUUGCUUUGUCUUGUCAAUGGAAGCAGAGUCUUGGUCUCUUGAUUGUUCAUUAUUAUCACUACCACUUUAUGCUAUCAAUCAUAUUAAUCCACCGUUUGCUUACUUUUA